CCAGAAAGCCAUCUCCCCAACUAAUAACCUAUUUACGACGACAGAACGGUUUGUUAAAGCGCGGGCGGUCACGUUAUGGGUUUAGCACAAAUCCGCGCUGGGGUUCUCUCCCCGGAAUGGAGCUCUCCUCGCCGCCACGCCGAAUUCUCCUGAAAUCGCUCCCUUCCUGGCGCACCGGGCGGCGUGGGCUGCAGCAGGGGCUGGGCGAGCCGCGACUCCUGCUCCGAGCAAUGCCCAGCUCGGCUCCGGGGCACGGAGCGCGACAGAAGGAGGCUGCGAGGAUCUGCGAGGCGAAGCCCACAACAAAAGGCAACCAGCCGCCCGUGUGCCCGGCUCGGGGCACGUCUCCGCCUCGUCGCGAGGGCUGCUUCAAAACCCAGGCUCUGCCUCGCAUCAGGAGCCCCAGCCGGUCACGGAGCAAGCUGGGGCCGGCAGCCGCGGCCCCCUCGUCCCGCCGCGGCGACCCGGAGAUGCGAGGACGGCGGCCGCCUGCGGGACCCGUGUAAGAGCGCGGCCUUGUCGGUGACUCCUGCAGCUUGGCAUGUGCUGGAUCUAUCGGUGAUACACAAAUAGUUAUUAGCUCUUCAAGACGUUCUACCUCGGCCCUUCCUUCCGACGUAUGACACAUGCAGCAUGUUUCAGCCAUUCUGUUACUUGCAAGUCACGUGUGCUGCGGCCCUGCCAAGAGUUAUUAGAUAUAAAUCUCUCUCAGUUUAUGCAUACCUGGACAGGAAAGGCUUUUUCAUGAUUCAUGUUGCAGUGAGAAGCACAAAUCAUCUUCCUGAGGUGUAAACAACAACACGUGAUUUCUUUCCCCUAUCAUAACGGAUAAUUAGUGUCUUCUUUACAGUGAAUCAUACCGAAGCAAUCUUAUCGUUAUUAGUUUGCACACAGCGCUUCAAGAAAUCCCAAGAUGUUUUCGUGCCACGUUUCGCACAGACGAGGAAAGGGUGAGGGAACAGCACUGCUGCCGUCCCGAGCCACUUUGCUCCCAGACGGCCAAAGAGAAGCCUCGGGGCUGAUGGCGCGUUGCAGCAGCGGAGCAGCCCAGGCAGAGGAUGGGGGAGUGGAAGGAAAAUAGGGCUGCUGCAGUGGGGUGAAAGCAGCUGUUUCUGUUCGGAAGCUCCAAUGGCUAAACCCCUGUCUGGUCGCAGACGGUUCACCAUCGCCUGCUGAGCAGCACCUCCUAGCGUGCUGCCCAACCUUCUCCUGAAAACACUUUAAUCCUCCCAGCCAGGAAGGCAGCAGCUUCUGAAAAGGAGCUGUAUGUAAGCUAGAGGUGGCCCUGUCGCUGGGCUGAGCGGUAGGAAACAGGAAAGAACAGGAUUAGCGGGUGCACAAAUAAACAAAGCAGAAAAGAGGCAGAUGUCUUGCCUGGCCAACCCAGCUGAGUCCCCUGGAGGUGUCCUCAAACAUGUGUGGGGAGACCGAGGUGCUAGCGUCUGCUCGCAUUUCCAGAUGGCUCCUAAGGAUAAGCAGCCACUGUUUGUGGUAAGCAGGCACAGAUUAAGAGGGCAGAGUGUAGCCUGGACAAACAAGGAGGAAAAGCUCGAACAGAGCGGGUCAGGGCGAGGCCCCGCUUUUGUCUGGAGGGACCCGAGUGCUCAGCGCGCCCAGACUGAUGGGGGAGGGUGGCGAGCAGCCAGGUGGCCGCAUUCGCCUGCGAUGGCCAACAGCGAAGACGAGCAAAAGGGCUUCAAAAACAAGAUGGAGUGACUCAACCUGUGUCCAUGCUCAAUUUCAAAACAGCUUGGAGCUGGGAGAGCUUGAGGCAUCCAAUCCAUGUAGCCGGUUGCUGUGCCCUUCACCAGGUUUCCCUGCUACCAGAGAUGGGAGGGUCUGACGCAGUACUGACACUCUUCCCUUCUCAAGACACCUUCAUAGCCAUGAUAAUACACCUGCUGCAAGAUAACUUUCUGAACCAAAAUUCAGGAAGCUUACAAUAAUCGGUAUAAGACGUCUUUUAUGAGCAAAAUUUUGGUGAGUUAAAACCCAAGCUGAAAGACAGGGAUACUUGGCGGACUUCAGAGCUUCGCUAGUACAAGAACUACUGAUAUCUCUAGCAGGUAUCUAGAGAAUUGUCCUAAAAAUUCCCACGGUAGGGAACUGGUUUGUUUGUGAUCUUGUUGUGCUUGGCUUCUCCUUACUCACCGCUGCCGUGCCUCCUGUGCUGGCGGACCAGCAGGUUUUCCUGGAACAGCUCACGCAUCUGGCACAGAGCUGUGGCACUGUCUGCUGGGUGAAGGGGGACAUAUGCCAUCAGUCAGACUUGAGAAGACUUUUUCUAAUGAAUACCAGUGGUGCAAAGCAUUACAGUGGUUGUCACUACGCAGGUAAAACACUGCAACAGUGACUGAUUUCUCCUAGGUGAAGAUUUAUGUGGUUCUUUUUUCUGUGCAAAGCACAGCUGAAGGAAUGCCGGCAGUUUCUGAGCAGGAACUGCUUUGAAAUCACCCACAGCACAAAUGAAGAUUGUAACCAUGAGACUUUUAUCUCAUCAGAGACACACACUGCUCCUAGAGCAGCACGAGGGGCCAGCUCAGCCUGUCACACGCUGCAGACGAGGAGCCCGUCCUCAGCCUUGCCCUCUGGCAGGUGGUGCCAGUGCUGCUCCUUCAGCCUGGGAGACUUGGUCUUCUGCUAGCUGAGAAGGAACAUGAGACAGCUGUGGCUCUGUGUCUUGUCAAAGGCAUGGUCUAAUUGCCUAAUUUCUCUUCUACCCUUUCUGUGUUGCAGCUUCUGAAGUUUCCUGGAGCGCAGCGGCCCCUACCCGUGCGGGAUGGACCCUGUUGUUCUCAGCUACAUGGACAGCUUGCUGCGGCAGUCAGACCUUGCCUUGCUGGAGCCCCCGAACUGGCUUAACGAUCACAUCAUUGGCUUUGCCUUCGAGUACUUUGCCAGCGACCAGUUCCAAGAAUUUAGCGAUCAGGUUUGCUUUAUCAGCCCCGAAGUGGCUCAGUUCAUCAAAUGUGCCCUUAGCCAGGAAGAAAUAGCCAUAUUCCUUCAACCGCUAGACCUUCUCCACAAGAAGCUGGUGUUCUUGCCCAUCAACGACAACUCCAACCAGGCUGCUGGGGGCACGCACUGGAGCCUACUGGUUUACUUCAGGGACAAAAAGUGCUUCGCCCACUAUGAUUCCCACAGUAAGUGCAACUCUGUCCACGCCAAGCAGGUGGCGGGAAAGCUGGAGGCCUUUUUGGGCAAAAAAGGGGGCAAAGCGACGUUCGUGGAGGAGAAGGCGCCGGCCCAGCAGAACAGCUAUGACUGUGGGAUGUAUGUGAUCUGUAACGCUGAGGCUCUGUGCCAGGGAUACUUCAGGGGCCACCAAGAGCCUUUGCUGCAGCUCCUCACCCCCUCCUACAUCACACAGAAGAGAGCAGACUGGAAAGCCCUCAUCACCAAGCUCGCCCAGAAGUGAUGCUCGUCCCCACCACCGCCUCUCCUGUCCACAGUCACCACCCCCAGUGCCUGAGGGAGGUGCCCACGCGCAGGAUUUUCCCCAAAGAAGAAUGUAACCCCUCCAGCACUGCCACAACCCGCAGUGCCCUCCUCCCAAAGCCUUAGUCUCCUCUGGAAAUCGCUGGCCUUUGAACUUCACACCAGUAAAGCCCCUUUGCUUUCAAAGGAAUCUUCCUAUCAGUGCUGAUUUAUUUAUUUAUUUAUUUUACACUAAUUGCUGUGGCAAAAUGAGGUGCUAAAGAUAGUUCUCCACCUCUGCCCAGCAGGCAACACACCCUCAUUAGGUGGCUUUAAUUAGCUGUGGGCAUUGCUCUUCUGGCCAGGUUUAGCAAUCCCCUUUAAAACCAAGCCCAAAAUGCUUUGUUAUGGACUUUCCUAAUUUGUGCCUACAGCUCGGUGUGUUUGAGAAGUCUAGGAUUUAGCAGCAAGGCUGCAGAAUGCAUGACGCUGAGAUGAUUGUGUCAAGUAGUGAGACUCAAAAAAGAAUGCUGUGAUUAAUUAAAGAUUGGGGCAGGAAACAAAAAAAAGCUGUGUUCUUCAGAUAGGUGCUCCUAGGCUGCGUGAAGGUUGCCUUUUUUCUUUUUUCCUCCCCUUUUUUUUCCCCCCCUUCCCCACCCCUGCCUGCUCUGAUUACAAAUUAAAGCCUGACUCUGAGCUGCUGGAAGAUUAAUAGGAAGCUGAGAAAACAAAUCCUAGGAAAGGAAACUUAAUUGAGAUGGAAAGUGACACUCAGGCUUUGAAGUUUCUUUUCUCAUUACAAUUUUAGGUCAUCUCCAUUUGGCAGGGAGGGUUCUGCAGUGCUCCCCCAACUCUUGUUAUCAUUUGCUGUGCUUUCUCUAGCACAAAACCAGUUCUUGCAUUACUCCAGAUAAAAAAAAAAAACACACCAGGGAGAACAAAGGGGCAGAAUUUGAGGUAUAAAAGCCAAAGAUAAGCACGGUCUCCUCGAAGCUCAAGAUUCAGUCCUUAAUAUACUUCUCUCACGAUCGGCCUACACGAAACACACCUUUUCCUCCAGUGCUGGACUCCGAAGGGGAUCUAAGAGCAGAUCCUAUUAGUAAGAGACAGGACUGGCAGCGGGAAAGCAAACAAGAUGGCGUUGCAGGAUAAGGAAUAAUCUAUAACCACCUGAGAAACGAGGAGCCAGUUGUUCGGGUGGUGUCUGGCAAAGCAACCACACCUCUGGUGCCAGCUGGAUCAGGGAAAUCCAGGAUAAAAAUAACCCACGGAAGAGGCGAGGGAUUGUUUUCAACCUGCAACUCCUCACCUGGCUCAUCCACAGCCCAGCCCCCGAAGUGCUGGUACCAGCACAGAGUAUGGCCAACUGUAGGAUGGGGCAGAAACAUCAAUUUCCCUUGUUUUUAAGAAAAAAGGUAAGUAGAUGCAGCCCCACAGGCGCCUCCAGAACCCAAGCAAAUCAUCGCAGACAGCGGUGGGGUGAAACGAGGCUCCGAGCCGUUACUGACAGCAAGCAGCCAGCAGCACAGGGCUCUCCUCCCAGCACCAGCCCUCCCUGGAAAAUCACCUCCACCACUCAGACAGAUCCAAAAACACAGAAGUUGCCCAAAAGGGCAUCGAGUUGCUUGCCAAGGGGAUUUCUUUUUGAGCAUGGGGCCCGCGUGGCUGAGACGGAGCUACACCACUGCCGCCAAGGCUGAGAGUGCCAUUACCCAGGUGUAACACCUCCACGCCCCACCACCUGCCCCGCAGCACUGAGUGCAGACAAUCACUGCUCAGAGACUGCAGAUGAGCUGCUCAUCGAAUGCAAAUGAAUACUUCUGUCUGUGCUGUGACAACAUCAACUCCCUCAUCUUCCUCCCUGCCCAAGCAAGAGGAGGGAGUGAAGGAAGAAAACGCCUCCUGGGUCCCCCUUCUUCCUGGGGGAACCAUGAAUAAAAUUUAAUUUAAGCCC